GGCGCUCGGGAGGCGGCGGGGAGAAGAGAGUUUGACAGCGGCGGACACACAAGGACACGUGGAAGGAGACACACGAUUGUCUUAUACUCCGGUCUUCUGCACGGAGCCGUCAUUUAACCUGCCGAGAACUCUGCAAUAUGGACGCACAACAACUCCAGGCUGAUGUGUGAGUUGGCCUCAGACACGGUCCGCCAUCGACAUGGUAGACAUGGAGAGCCCUUACAGUCCUCCGUCUCCUCUGGAGGACUCUGUGCUGAACAUCCCAAUCUACAGGGACUUUAUUGGUGCAGGAGAACUGCAGGACAUUUCAGAGUCCAUCAAUGAAGAGGCACUCAGCAACCUAGACGUGAAGUACCGCUCAUCUGGCCUGUGCUCCAGCUCCGAGAGCUCCGCGGUGCCAGUAGAUGCUCUGACCCCAGCUUCCAGUCCGUCUUCAGGUGUGGGUGGCGCCGUAGCAGGACAGGAGGAGUUAAAUUCUGCUUCUCUAAACCUGGAGUGUCGCGUGUGUGCAGACCGAGCCUCGGGAUACCACUAUGGCGUUCACGCCUGUGAGGGUUGCAAGGGCUUCUUCAGGCGCACAAUCCGCCUGAAGCUGGAAUACGACAAGUGUGAACGUCACUGCAAAAUCCAAAAGAAGAACCGGAACAAGUGCCAAUACUGCCGCUUUCAAAAGUGCCUAGCUGUGGGCAUGUCCCACAAUGCCAUCCGCUUUGGCCGGAUGCCCCAGUCUGAGAAGCUGAAGUUGAAGGCAGAGAUAUUAACUGGGGAGAAGGAGAUUGAGAAUCCUCAGCAAGCUGACCAGAAAACUCUAGCCAAACAAAUCUAUGAGGCUUAUCUGAAGAACUUCAGCAUGAACAAAUCUAAAGCACGGACCAUCCUGACAGGCAAAACAAACACACCACCUUUUGUAAUCCAUGACAUGGAGACUCUGCACCUGGCUGAGCAGACUCUGGUGGCAAAGAUGGUUGGCACUUCAGGUGGACUGCUUGAUAAGGACGCAGAAGUGCGAAUCUUCCACUGCUGCCAAUGCACGUCGGUGGAGACCGUCACGGAACUCACUGAGUUUGCCAAAUCUGUUCCAGGCUUCUGCAACCUCGACCUGAAUGACCAGGUAACACUGUUAAAAUACGGUGUGUACGAGGCACUUUUUGCCAUGCUGGCCUCAUGCAUGAAUAAAGAUGGCUUACUGGUUGCCUAUGGCAGUGGCUUCAUCACAAGAGAGUUCCUCAAGAGCUUGCGAAGACCAUUUAGUGACAUGAUGGAGCCCAAGUUCCAGUUCGCCAUGAAGUUCAAUGCGCUCGGGCUGGAUGACAGUGACCUUGCCCUCUUUGUGGCAGCCAUUAUCUGCUGUGGAGAUCGUCCAGGCCUAAUGAAUGUCCCAUAUAUCGAGCGGAUGCAGGAGAGCAUCAUCCAUGUGCUGCAGCUCCACCUACAGAACAACCACCCAGACAAUACAUUUCUCUUCCCUAAACUGCUGCAGAAACUCGCCGACCUACGUCAGCUAGUCACUGAGCAUGCCCAGUUAGUGCAAGAGAUCAAGAAAACGGAGGACACGUCACUGCAUCCUUUGCUCCAGGAAAUCUACAGAGACAUGUACUAAGGGAGAAUCAUAUGCUACUAAAUUGUAUGGAGUGUGGUCAAGGCACAAGAGAACAAGGGAGAGGGUUUAGCCCUAAACGUGAGAGGAAUUGUCUGACAACAUUCAUUUGUUCGUAAAGAAAACGAAGAAAUGCUCUCAGGGGACAUACUGUAGGAAUCUGCCCUUGUUAAAGACACAGUGUAUCUGAAGGGCUGCCAAUAAACCACUAUGCACAGGAGACAGUGGCAUCCAGAAAAUAAACGCCAGCCAGCUGUACAGAAGGGAUGGAAAUCAGGUCGAAGGGUUUUCUUUAGAAAGAACCGGUGUCAGGAUAGUCCUAAUUCACACUGAACUAAAGUUUCCUUAUACUUUUUCUGACUCGUGGUUUAUUAUCCGUUCUAAAAAACGUAUACUAAUCAUCUCGAACUCUGUCGUGUCGUCUUAGAGACUUCGGAAACAAGCCUAUAAAUCAGAAUUGUUGAUACAGCAACAUGUCCUUUAAACAAAAAUAAGGGUGAAGACUUUGAGAAGCCUUCAUACUUCCAAAACAUGCCGAAGGUGUGGUAUUAUAAUGGUCGGUUGUUCAGCAAGAAUUGGAAGAUCUGUAUAAAAUCUGCAUAGCAUAAAUGUCCAAUGAUUGUGAUGUUAACUGCAAGAGUUUCAUCCCAACGUGUUCACAUCAGGUUUAAAAAAAAAACUACAGGGAUUAUAUAUGCACUUUCUAAAAAAAAGCAUAACAUGAUUAUUAUAUACACAACAUUCUGAAAAUCCUUCCUAAUCCUGAAGUAUCGGUGUCAAGACUGUUAGCCUUUCUUCCUGGGGGUUGUAUGAAUCAGGCUGUUCAGUAAGAAUCACGAGUUAGUUUGGUCAGUUUGUGCCGCUGUUUUUAAAUUUGAAGAACUGUAGAACUGAUACUGUGUCAGAAGUAUUACUACGACGUUUUUAAUACGUUGCCUCUGAUAUAUUUCCAAGGCAGGUUUAUUAACACCUCGUUAGUUUGCUCAAGUCGUUUGCCUGACGUCAGCUCAAUGUUCGUCAUUGCAUCAAUGACAGACAGAUACUGAUUUUGGCAUGCAGUGAAGCAAAAAAUAAUUAUUACACUCCUUUUUGUAAGCUAAUCUUGUCUCUACAUUUUGCUACAAAAAAAAAAAAAAAAAGAAAUUCAAAAAUGAGGACUUUGCUUCUGGCAGGUUGUUUUGUCCUAGGUAGAAAAAACACCUCAACUCUUAUUAUGCCCCUUUUCCACCGAGGCAGUUUGAGUGCUGGUUCGGAGCCUAAUUUAGAACCAGGUCUUUCUUUUUCGACAGCCAAAGCACCGGCUCUGAACCAGGAAAAGUGGUUCUUAAGUAGCACCAAAACGUUGCUGGUCUAGACUUAAGAACCGCUUGUGUCAGGGGCUGUGGGCGUGGCUGUGGGCGGGGCUACUGUUAGCGCAUUUGAUAAUGUACCUUAAGUAUACUAAUGUUUAAUACACUUUUACUUUACUGCAAUAUGAUCAAUUAUGAGCAGACAUGAUAGUAAGUAGCUACAUGCUAAGGCUAACUUUUUUCUGUGUUAAUGAUAAAAUAACGUUAUGUACUUUCUCGAUUACAACCUCCGUUUAUUCAGAUUACAUGGAGCUGCACGUACACGUUGGAUUCACCGCAUUUGGAUGCUAAUGUAGGUUCACAAGCCAUGAGCAUUAACAGUAAAGCAACAUCCGCCAUCGUUGAUGUUGUGUUUGUGUUUGCUGCUGCUGCGCUAACGUUGCUGGGAAACGUGACACGUAUACAGUGACGUCAGACUCGGCUCUGUGAUGCUCUCUAACCGAUGGAAAGGCAAACCGGUUCUUAGAAGGUUCGCCAGUGGAACCAACUUUGAACCAGCACCAGCACUAGCUCUGAACCAGCACCCGGUUCUUUUUGGUGAAAAAGGGGUAUUAUUAAAUUAGUGAUCACCUUUAGACUCGUUUGAUGAAACAUUAGCUGCCCUGAUUUUUCUAAUGCAUCUCCACAGCUAUCCAAUUUCCAUUAUAUGCACUACAACACAAAAUCUAAUAUAUAUUUGCAUAUCGUAUUCUAUAUGUUUUGAAACAAAACUCACUUGCACCUUUUUCCACAGCUGGCCUUCAUGAACAUAGAACUUAAGGAAACUUAAAGCAGGUCUUUAUGGAAAUUGGUUGUUGCAAUUUCUUAUUUCACUUUGGUGAGAUCUACCUUCAACCAUGCUCUCGGAGCCCUGCGGCUUCAAGUGGUAGUCAUGGCUAGGGAAAGUCUGUAUUAAAUAAAUGAAAAAUAAAACACUAAGCAGUUAAACUACAUUUAGGAUAUAAAACAGGAAUGUUCUAGAAUGCUGUGAAUAUAUACUUUAAGUUUGAAUGAUGUUUUGUGCAUUGACUUUAACUUAACCCAAACCCUAACCCUGACCAUCACACCCAUAUGUGCUUGAUGAACGUUUUCCCCAUUGCUGUUAUAAUAAGCUCAACUCUUCUGGGAAGACUUUCCAUCAGAUGUUGGAGUGUGACUUUCAUUCAGCGACAAGAGCAUUAGUGAGAUCAGACACUGAUGAUAUAAGAGUAAGGAGGUCUGGGGUUCAGUCGGUGUUUCAGUUCAUCCCAGAGGUGUUCAGUGGAGUUGAGUCAGAGUCAGGGCUCUGUGCAGGACACUCGAGUUCGUCCACUCUAACCUUGACAAAUCCUGUCCUCAUGAAGCUCACAUUGUGCACAGGAACAUUGUCAUAAGCCCUAUUCGGACGGGAUUAGUUUUACGUGGGGACGUGGAGUAAUGCAAUUUUACCUCAGGACGUCUGUAAUAUUAAUUGGCCAAUUCGCACGGGACAAGACAUCUCAGUAAAACUAGCAGAAGUGGGAGGGGUAACUCACUUUACGCACCACAGUAACCUCCUUGUCGUCAUGUGCGUAUGAUGUUGCUUCCUGUUAUCACGUUCUUUUUGCUUUAAAUGGUAUGCAGAAAACACUGGAUGUUUGCCACAGAGUUGGCCCACCACCUACAACGCAACCGAAUGCUUCUUCAAGCGCCUCCAUGCUUGCAAAACGAGCCAAAAACUACUUUUAAACAGGAAAUGACGGAAUUUUACCGUACAUAUUUACAGCGGGUCUAUUCGGACGGGAUUAGUAUUACCUGAGGUAAUUUUUCCGGACCUUUUUACAGAAGGCAAAAGUCGCCGUAAUCUUUACUGACAUUGUCUGUAAUGAUUACCGAGAUGGCACAUUCGGACGGGACUAAAAUCACAGAGAAGCUCUGGUAAUAAUUACUUUACCCCCAAGGUCCCCACGUAAAACUAAUCCCGUCCAAAUAGGGCUUUACUGGAACAGAUUUGGGCUUUUUAGUUCCGGUAAAUGGAAACUGUAAUGCUACAGCCUACAAAAACAUUCUAAACUAUUGUGUGCUUCCAGUUUGAAUAAGAAAUGCAUAUGAGUACGAGGGUCCGGUGUCCGCAAACCAUUAGUGUACAUCAGAGAUGGGCUUACUUACUAAUAUCAGGUGUAGACCGAAACUGUAUAAGUUUUAGAAACAAAUCUAACGAUCGAGUCUAUAUUUAACGAGCAAAUAGCUUACAUUUGUGUCAGAAUCAGAACGGGAUGGACGACAUCAAUAACUGUAAUCAACACAAUUCACAUAUACUUUAGUAUAAACUCUAAUAUGACAAAAUAAUUGUUUCACUAUUACCAUUUCCAUGAAACAUAGGCAGCAAAUUCAAAGCUGAAGCUGCUGUGUUAAUUCCUCCUGCCUGAAUUUUGCUUUUGGCAUGAAACUAGAUUAUGCAUGUUUAGACUUCUGAAUGUCAGCCUCCUUUUAUGUAAAAGAUUAUUAUGACUUAGCAGAUUAUUAUAACUUUUACCUACUUCAGCCCCACCCAAACCCCAUGAUACUCAUGAUACCCCACGGUAUCAGGAGUAUAUUCUGCUCUACCUGUAUGUUAUCUUCAUAGCAUGUGAUUAACAUAUAAACGGUCUUAAACACACACAAGAGAAAAAAAGAGCAAGAAAUCAAUUAUUGCUGUCUGAAAGCAUCGUCAGAAACACGCACAGUCACAAUAGCCAUAUUUCCUUUUCCAGGGACCUAAAAUACACUUUUUACUUGUGCAUCAUGUGAUAAAUAUUUUAAAAAAUUGCAUUCAUAUAAAUAACACGGUCCAUUGAUAGUUGUUUUUAAAUGGUGUAAUAUUUUUAUACUAAAGCAAGACUCUCCGUUAAUAUAUAAAAUAUUGUAUAAUAGUUGGGAUUCGAAGUGAAUGGUUAAAUUGUCAAAUUGAAAAUGUUUCCCUUCUUUCUCAGGGGAUUUACCAAUUUUCCCAGGGACUGAGUAUUCUGAGACAGACCCCCUUGUUUUUGGAGUGUAUUUAUUCUCUGCCAAUAUGACAGAUUUUAGACUCAGGUAGAACUUUGGAAAUGACAUGCAAACUUGAGAGUUAUGAUUUUUAAUUACUGACAUUCUGACAUCUGUCAAGCUAGAAAGCAUCAUUUAUCCAUGGUGCUUCCUUUGGACAGUGUAAUUAAGUUGGCAGGAAUAGUCCAAUUAUUGUGUAACUCUGCAUAUCUGUUUAAUGUAUGUACAGUAUGUAUGAAUAUACUAUGUAUUGAUUUUCAUUCAUGAUUUUUGUGUUAUAAUCAAUAGAUGAAUCUCAUUAAAGCACGUAAAUUUCAGUAACAUAAACACCCAUUCAGCAAUGACACGGUCUUAAGAAAAAUUGCGACUCCAAGUUCAAAUACACUUACCAUGAUCAGACAUUACCGUCAUGUGAUUAUUUAUUAGAAUGGUUAUAAUGGGAUAUCAACAUGCUGUCUUGUCCGUUUGGGUGUGCGUUUGCUAUUUAUACUUUUAAGGAUUACAGACAUGUCAGACACGUGGAUGAAAGGAAUUUGAUUGCCUGCCUUUGUUUAACCUCAUCCAAGAGUCAGUUUCUGUGCCUUAGCUACGGACUUUCUGAACACAGUGUAUUUAACAGUUUGUUGUCAAGGCUGAAUACACAAUUUAAAAGCACAAAUGCUGCAGUUUUGUUCAUGCUACCCCCAGUAGCAAGAGCUGAAAUAAUAUUGGCUUUGGUGUGUAAUUGAUUGUGUAGAGAAUAGCAAAAGCUUUCUACUUAUUUUUAUUAAAAUAAUAAUUGCACACGUGUAAAUUCCACUUUGUUUUUGGUUUUAUUUGGUUUUUGUUUUUUUUAGCAUUUUAUUUGGAAGGGAUUUCAACAAUACUGUAUCAGGGAAAAUUUCACUUUUUUCCCCCCCAAUUUACACUUAGGUCAGAGCUAAUUAAUUAAAGUUAAUUAGACUGUAUAUCAUUUCACUUAAAAGGCAACAAGCAUCCAGAUGCAAACGUCUUUUUCAUUUUUUGACUUCUUUUCAACAGAUUAAUAUGAUGUACAUAACAAAACCCAUGCAAUCUGUAAACAUUAAAAAGAUAUAUUUGUAAAAUCUA